AUGGAUUAUGAUUUGGGUCGGAUUGACUAUACUCUUUGUGGUAUAACUUAUCCAGAUGCUUUGAAAAUUUUACCUGCUACUGAACAAAAAAUACAACAAAAGUUUGCUAUUGGAGAUAAAAACGGCGUGCUACAGUGUUUAAGUAUAAAAGAUGAAGAGCCAGUUGUGCAUUUUAAAACAUUACCAGGAAAACCUAUAACUUCAGUUCAACUUCCUUCAUCUAUUGGAACAAACGCUGAUAAAAUUUUCGCAGCUUCGGGUAAUGAAGUAAAAGGUUACACUAGAAAAGGAAAAGUAUUUCUCAGCAUCGAAACAUCCGUAUCGGAGACAAUCACGUCUAUGUGUGUAUUGGGAAGUGAUCUAAUACUAUGCUGUGGAAGGACAGUAACAUUCUACAGAGAAUUAAAAGAACUAUAUUCUCAUAUUUGUGACGACAGAGUAUUAGACGCGGUCGCUUUUGCUACACCAAAUAACACUCGGGUUCGGAUACUUGUUAUAACUGCAAAUAAGGAAGCUAUAAUAAUUGAAAAUGGUCAAACCCAGAAGCGAGUUUACAUCGCUGCUGGACCAACACGUAUCAUUGUGCCUCUUUCCUUACAUUCUACUGAAGUGUGCGCUUAUUAUGGGGCCUCUGAUGGAUCUAUAGGACUGAUAUUUCAAGAAGAAACAAACCUGUCAUACAUGUGCUUGGUGAAUGGACAUGGAUUAGGAUCAGUUAUGUGCGCAGGGUGGUUUUUAAAUAGUUUCGGCACGCAUCUUGCUGUAGGGCAACAUGAUGGUUCCAUUCAACUAUAUCUUAUUAAUACAGAAAACUUUCUUGAAAAACCAAGACUUAAAUUUACUUAUUUUUCUGGCGAACCGGUAACUUCUGUCGCAGGCGGUUACGUAGGGUCAGAAGAACCUGAAUUGCUUAUAUCUACAUUUUCUGGGAGGAUAUUUGGUCUAAGACCACGACGACUUGUUUCUGCAAUUAAUAACCUAUCAACUGACGCACUGGCUGUAAGACGAUCGAAACUUGAGACUGAAAUUGCCCGAUUAGAAAAACAAACUGUUAACGAGCGUGACAAAUAUCAAAAGAACACUCGGUCAAUGUUUGGAGGAGUAUCAGCGCCGCCUCUUCUAGACAUUGAAUACGAGGGAUCAAAUAAUGAACAGCUACUAGCCACAGUCAGAUGUCAAGCUGGAACAAGACGACUUUGGUUGCGUAUCCGCGUUGUUUCUAUUGAAGAAACAAAGAUGGAGGGUAUUUCGGUUUUCAUAUAUAUCUUACCCACUGGAUCACCAAGAGUGGCAAGAUUAAUAAAACUUCAUUUACCGAUAUUGCCACAGUAUUCAAAAUUUGAAAAUAUAGAAGUGGAGGAUGCUAAAAGGUCUUGGUGUCAAAUGCGCAUAUCGGGUGGCUUUUCCGUAGCUGAAAUGACGUCAUGGUUAACCGAAAUAUUGCCAGGGGAAUUACCUCGACCGGCCAGUAAUAUAGUUUUUGCGCGUUCCCAUUCUACUCUUGGGACAUAUCUUGUUUGUAGAUAUCAGCGCGGUUCAGCAGUUUUUAAGUCUGACAAUAUAUCUACAAUAAUGGUAAUGAAAACCGUUAUUUCUAAUUGUUGUGUUAAAAGAAGUAUACGAGCUGAUAUUUCUUGUGAUGUUCCCGAAAAUGCAUGUUUAAUUUCAUUUCAACAAAUAAGAGAUAGAUUCAAAUUUGAACAUGAAAAGAAAAAAGAUAUUGAAAUAAGGAAAGCCCUUGGUUCCCUAGAUUUGGAUACAAAUAUGAUAAAUGAUGAAACACAGCCAUUAUUGUGUAAGGAAUAUCUGAACAUAUUGAAAUUAUCAGAUGUUAAUAAAGAUGAAUCAUGCUUUGAGGAACUUAUAGACACAAUUGAACAUUGGUAUUUGGAUUGGUAUAAACUAUCAUUGAAAAGUAAUUAUUAUGGUAAUGGUUUAACAAAACUGAAAGCAGCUCUUAAGGGUUGCCAGGUUGAUGAAAUAGAGCAAAUCCUUAAGCCU